AUGGUAGUGGAGACCUGUGUGCCUCUGCACGAGAUGAGUGUCCGAGACCCCACAUCCAGCCCCCGGAAUCCCCACACCUCCACACCCCAUACUCCCGCACCCCUCACCUCCGCACUGUACCCCACAUCCCCACCCAGCACCCCUGUACUCUAUAUCCUGUACCCCUCACCCCUGCAUCCCGCACCACACCCCCCGCACCACACCCCUCACUCCCCCACACACAUCCCGUACCUCACAUCCAACUCCCCACAUCCCCACACCCCCAUACUCCCACACCCCCAUACUCCCACACCCCCAUACUCCCGCACCCCUUACCCCUGCACUGUACCCCGCAUCCCCACCCUGUACCCCUCACCCCCCAUCCCGCAUCCUGCAUCCCAUCCCCUGAGCUGCAUCCUUCACUUCACCCGCACACCCCGUACUCCACACCCAACUCCCCACAUCCCCACACCUCCACAUCCCCAUGCCCCUGCACCCCUCACUCCCACACUGUACCCCGAAUCCUCACCCUGCACCCCUGAAUUCCACACCCUGUACCCCUCACCCCACAUCCUGCAUCCCACACCCUAG